AUGUCCUACAACAUCGCAGGUCGAGCUAUCAAGAACGAAUACCUCGUUCUCACCACCAUCGCUGCUACUGUAGGUAUCGCAGUCAGUCAAAUGGGUGGAGGUGAUAAAUCAUCAUCUUCUUCCGCUCCUGUAUCUGUAAAAGAGGACAAGACUAUCUCUGCUGAAACUCCCGAAGAGGAGGACUUCAUCCGACAAUUCGUUGCUGAAGCUGAGAAAUCCGAGAAACACUAG